GGCGAGGGCACGUGCUCUCGGGAUACUGGAGAAUUUCCCCGCCGCACAAUGUCAUGGCGACCAUCACCGAGCAACUUUAUAGUGCUUUCCUAACACAGGACUAUUCCGGAAAUCAACGUUAGCGGAUUAACCACAAGGUUAACAUUUCUCACAUCCAAGUCAAAGGAGCUCUUUUUUACUAAACUCGCGAGGACGACUAAAGAGCUACAGGAAUGGAAUGUGAUGUGACGACCAAUGCUGAAAGCAGGGAUCCAACUGAUCCUAUUCGACAUGGAGAUAAUGUCCUCAGGGAUGGCAGUGAAACACCAAGAAAGAAAAACAAGAAGCACAAAAAGCACAAAAGUAAAAAGAAGCGCAAGAAGAAGAAGGAUGAAAAAGAUAGCAGCUCUGAAUCUGGAGUGGAAUCAGACCAGGAAUCUCAAUUAAAGUCAAGUUUAAAAAAAGGAGACCUUUCCAAAUUUGAGUCUGGUGAACGUGAUGAAGAAAAAGAACUAGCAAAAAAUGCAGAACCACGUGAUGAUGACCAUAAGGCCAGAAAAACAAAGCGUCAUACAAGCAAGAAGAAGAAAAAAAAGAAACGAAAAGAAGAAAAGCAACAGAAAAAUUCUCCUUGUUCACGCUCAGUGAGUACAUCUGAAUCCGAGUCUGAAUCGGAAUCUGAGUCAAAGUUGCCACAACUAUUGGACACCUCUAGCUUGGAUCAAAAGUCACCAGUGACUGUGUUGAAGCUUUCAAAUGACAGAUGUAAGGAUAAGCUGCCACUUCCAGAUGAUAAGAAGGGAGAAAUCACUAGCAAAUCUGAGCAUACUGAAGAGGAAUGUAUAAAACCAGCAUGGAGGGAGGAUGGGUCUCCUCAGAAUUUGCAGACUGUACAUCAAGAAGAGCACAAUGAAAAUCGCAUAAAAACCGAGAACCUUGAAAAGAAUGGAGGUUUUAGCAAAACACAGGAGCUCCCUGAUAUAAUCCCUAAGCAGGAAAAUGUGCACAAAGAGCAACUUGUAUUAAAGAACAUAGAAAAAGAACCACAUGAGAAUCAGAAAGGAAAGGGAGAUCAGGUAACAGUCUCUAGAUUAAGGUCUCGAUCGCAUUCUGAUGAUAAAUCUGGCCACAGUCGUUCAAGAACUCCAAAGCAAUCCUCUGCUAUAUCAGCACGUCGAAAAGAUAGAUCACAGUCCAGAGAAAGGUCUGUUUCUAGCCCAAGAAGGAACAGUAGUACUAAAAAAAGAUAUUCGAGGUCACCAUCAGAAAGUCACAGGUCACGGUCAAGAUCUGUCAGAGCACCAAAGCGCAAAUCCAGGUCCCUGUCUGCAAAAAGAAGGCGUCGCUCUAACUCUAGGUCCAAUACCAGAACCAAAAGAUCCAGAACCAAGUCCCCACGACGUGGUCGGCGAACAAGAUCUCGGUCUGUUGUAAAGCUACGCCGUUCACGGUCAAGGUCAAAACAAUCACUUUCUCGCAGAAAGAAUCGUUCGAGGUCCCGCUCAAGGUCUGUUCGGAGAGGCAGGCGCUCACAAUCACGCUCACGGAGGAGGACACCACCAUCUCGUACACGAAGGUCUCGGUCCAGGUCAAUCAGGAGAAGAAGGAGAACCCGUUCAAGGUCCAUUGUAAUUCUCAGGCGAUCUAAAUCCAGAAUGAGAAGAAACAGAAGAUCUAGAUCAAGGUCUAGAAACCCAAGAAGACGAAGCAGAUCUAGCUCUCCACUCCGCUCCAGGCGCUCUAAAUCUAAAUCCCCUGUUCGGCAAAAGAGAUCCAAGUCUCCACGUAGGACAAGGUCAGAAUCAAGAUCUCCUAAGCGCAGUAGGCGGUCAAAAUCACGAUCUCGUAAUUCAAAGACUGCCUCGCCUAAAUUUAGUAGAGGAGCCAAAAAAAGCAAAACCAAGCAAUCAAGAUCAAAUUCGCCGAAAAACAACUCUAGGUCUAGAUCUAAUUCCAGAGGAAGACUUUCCUCAGAUAGAAGUCAGUCUCCAGCUAAGAUCAGGUCUAGAUCUUCGUCACUGGCCAAAGACCAAGACCCGUCAGUUCAACGUGAUUAUAAGGAAAUAUCAGAGUCUAAAAUAGAAGCUCCCCAAGAAGUAGAACAAACAGCUACCACAGAAAGGUGGAAACCAUUGAUGGAUAAAGAACAGUCCCCGGAUAAACAUCAGUCCCCGAAAAUAUCCUCAAAUGAGGACAUGGAACAAAAAAAACUUGAAUUAAAAAAUAAAAACUCCAGUAAAGAGUCUAAGAGUACCCAGGAGGGCAGUGGGAGACAAACUGCAUCCAGGUCAAGGUCUUCUUCAUCAGAACCAUUAGCUCAGGAUGAGAGUUCUGCGUCAGAUGAUGAGCAGUCUGACAACUCAAGAUCUCGAACACCAAGCCCAGCCAAGAAAAAAACUGGUUUAAAGACCAGCAGGGUGUCUAAGUCACCCAUUCGAAGGAAACGCUCUAGGUCUGCUUCUUCAACCUAUAAGGCAAGGUCCAAAUCAAAGUCUGUUAGUGGUAGGGAAAAGUCGAAAUCUCCAUCGAUAAGGAAACGAAGAUCUAGAUCUUCCUCACAUAGCCCAAGAAAGAGGUCGAUAUCUAGGUCCCCUGCCCGGCGAAGAAAAUCGCGUUCAAGAUCGGUCACACAAAGAGGGAAAUCGAGGUCCAAAUCUCGUACCAGGACCAAGCGUUCAAAGUCUAAAUCUCCCAAAAGAAAGCGCUCUAAGUCUAGAUCGCCAGUACGAAAAAGGCGGUCUAAAUCCCGUUCUCCUGCUCGGAGAAAGAGGUCAAAAACUCCAGAAAAAAGCAAACGGUCAAAAUCUCGUUCCCCUACCAGGAAGAGAAGGUCACGAUCAUGGUCAAGGGUCCGUCACUCACGAUCUAAAAGAUCUCGCUCUGCAUCUCGCAGGAGAAGACCUGUGUUUCGAGGUCAUUCUUUUGAUAGACGGGACCGCUGGAAACGGGAGCCAAGCCAUUCUCCUAUUCUCAUCCUCCGUAAAAGACGGUCUGCCUCAAGAACACGUCGUAGUGUUAGCAAGACACCACCACGACUCACUGAGCUAGAUAAGGAUCAGCUGUUGGAGAUUGCUAAGGCUAAUGCUGCAGCAAUGUGUGCUAAAGCAGGGAUGCCCAUCCCAGAGAGCCUUAGACCCAAGGCUAUCCUCCAGUUGCCUUUGCCAACUCCUGCUCCAGCCCCUCUGUCUUUGCCGCUGCCCCUUCCAGUUCCUAACAUGCCCAUGAACAUCCCGAUGGGAAUACCUGGUAUGCCUGCAAUACCAAACAUGCCCAUGAAUGCUGCUAUGGCUAGUAUGACAGCUGCCACCAUGACUGCAGCACUUUCUAACAUGGGAGCCUUGGCAGCCAUGCCCCCUAUGCCUCCACUGCCCACCAUUACCAACAAACCUCCACCAGCUCCUACUCCAAAUCUCGCAAACAUUGAAGAAGUCAAGAGAAAAGUGGCUCAGCAGGCUAACAGCAUCAGUAUUAAGGAGCUGACAGAGAAAUGUAAGCAGAUAGCAGAAAGUAAAGAGGAGAUGGGUCUCUAAUGAUGAAGACUAUGGGAAAACAGUAAGUGAUGUCCUGGUUAACAGUAACGUACCUUGGUAGUAAUCCAGUGUAAAGAUAAAUGAGAAGAUGAAGUGAAGACACCACUGGAUUUUACACUGUCAAUCUAGGAAACCGUACUGAUUCUCAUGGAUAACUCAACAGUCUAAUUUUCUGACACCACUGUAGGUGGCAGUUAUUCUCAAACACAGGACUUAAUCUGCUAGAUGUGUCUUCGGGAAGAUUAAGGGACUUCCUUGUAUAUGAAAGAAAUGCACUGCUUGGUCAGAUUCACAGUGAAGUAUUGUUUGAAUUUCAACAUGGUCUCUUGACAGUUGAAAGAAUCAACAUUUUUUCAAGCUGCACUCUUGUGGAUUUUUUUGAUUAACUGUGUCAAUUUCAGACCAGCAAGCACCAUGACUCGCUUCACAUGUAAAUCCCAUAAGAAAUGUAAAUCUCAUUUAUAAAGUACUUUUGUGAUCAGGAUUCCAUUGUUAUUUGUUCUUAACUCUUUUGUGCUAAUUUCUUCUUUUUUUUUUUAAGAAACUAAAAUGUAAGGAUGAAUCGUCACUAAAUGCUAUGCUUCAUAGGUGAUAUUUUAUUUGUGCAGGGUUGCAGUUGUAUGUGAUCUGAGGGAAUCUGGGAAUAAAAAAAAAAAACGGUCACACUUACUGGAUUUUAGACCCUGAUGGGUGUAUAGUGCUGUUUUAUCUUAUUUGAAUUAGAUGUGCAUAUGGCCAGUAGAGGUUGACGGAGUGCUUUGUUUAUGCUAUUCAAUAUUCUCAGAAUGAUCAGAUUAAAAUAAGAGUGCGUAAAAUGUACUGAAGAGAACUGCUCCUGUUGAGACACCUGUACUUCUUGCUACAUCUUCAUUGACUUUCUAGGUGUUCAAGUUAAUUUUGGUGCAUUUAUUCUGUUCUAAUUCCACCCCUCCCUCCUGCUCCCACUUUGUGUCUCUUUUUUCCCCUCUUGGUACAGUUUCAGUAUUUUGUGGGUGAGACAUCACCAGUCAGGCUACUCCUUAGGAAAUAUUUGUGUUGGCAAACUUUUUUUUUUUAAAAAGAUGGUUAAAUUUCUUAUCCCCAUCCAGACCUAUUUUUUUUACCCUAGUUUUGAAAUUAAACACAAAACUGAUACACAGACUUGGUUUAACACUUAAAAUGAGGACCGAUUUGUAACUGGAAGUUCUGAAACAGUUAAAGCAAUGCUUCUUGUAAUAGAAUCCCUUAGUACAAUUAAUCUGUGUGGAAUAAACACAGCUUUUUGCCACUUUUUUCACUUCAAAUAAUUAUACAGAUUACACUCUCACUUGUGGUUAGGAUUAGUACAGGUUAACAGUUUGGUUUCAAGAAAGCUAGGCCCAGUAACAUACUACCCAAAUUAUUGACCAGGACUUCUCUUCCUCUAUGACCCCCCCCCCCCCCUCUCUUUUUUUUUUCUUCAGUUUUUUAACAUCUCAUUUAUAAGCCACUCUGUAAUAGGAAUGUAAUCCACUUGAAAUAUUUAAAAUAAGUGGUACUUGACCUAUGUGAUGCAGUGUGUUAUUGUACACUUUGUAUAAGUUCCAUGUUCCUAUCAUGGUGUCAUAUUCACAUUUUUGAUUACACAGUAUGGUUUGGAUUUUCCUCUGCUGUAAGACAAGCCUGCUUUGUACAUAAUGCACCAUAUGAUUAUUAAAAUAAAUGCCCAUGACCACUGA